AUGACUAACUACCCCCUCCUAGUAAACCUCAUCAUAGCCCUCUCCUAUGCCCUUCCAAUCCUGAUUGCAGUAGCUUUCCUCACACUAGUAGAACGUAAAAUCCUAAGCUACAUACAAGGCCGUAAGGGCCCAAAUAUUGUAGGUCCAUUUGGACUGCUACAACCCCUAGCAGAUGGAAUCAAAUUGUUCAUCAAAGAGCCUAUUCGGCCCUCAACAUCCUCCCCCAUCCUAUUCAUUACAACCCCUAUACUAGCAUUGCUCCUAGCAAUCUCGAUCUGAACCCCACUCCCCAUCCCAUUCUCCCUGGCAGACCUCAACCUAGGUAUUCUAUUCCUACUGGCCAUGUCAAGUCUAGCAGUAUACUCCAUUUUAUGAUCAGGAUGAGCCUCCAACUCAAAAUACGCCCUAAUCGGUGCACUGCGAGCCGUAGCCCAAACAAUCUCUUACGAAGUAACCCUAGCAAUCAUCCUCCUAUCUGUAGUGCUCCUCAGCGGAAACUACACCCUUAGUGCCCUUGCAGUCACCCAAGAACCCCUUUACCUUAUCUUCGCCUGCUGACCCCUCGCCAUAAUAUGAUACGUAUCCACACUGGCCGAAACUAACCGCGCUCCCUUCGACCUAACGGAAGGAGAGUCAGAGCUUGUCUCGGGGUUCAACGUAGAGUAUGCAGCAGGACCAUUCGCCCUUUUUUUCCUAGCCGAGUACGCCAAUAUUAUACUUAUAAACACGCUAACCACAAUUCUAUUCUUUAACCCAAGCCUAUUCAACCUCCCCCAAGAGCUGUUCCCUGUAGUCUUAGCCACAAAAGUCUUACUUCUAUCAGCAGGAUUCUUAUGAAUCCGCGCCUCCUACCCUCGAUUCCGAUACGACCAACUAAUGCACCUACUAUGAAAAAAUUUCCUCCCGCUCACACUAGCACUAUGCCUCUGACACACCAGCAUACCAAUUUGCUACGCGGGCCUGCCUCCCUACCUAAGA